GAUGAUAGCAACACAUUCUCAGAAGUUGCUGUCUUAUCAAAGAAUUGGGGUUCGAGUUUAAAUACACCUAAAGAAGAAAGAGAAGAUGAAGGAGGACCGCUAGCUCAGCGGCUGCAGGCUCAGCUAGCUGCAGCAAAGCAGCAGCUAGCUGCAGCAAAGGAGCAGCUAGCUACAAGCGAGACACAGAGAGAGACUUUGCAAGACAAACUUAGGACGACAGAACAAGAAAGAGAUAAAGAAAAAGAUAAAAGAAUUACCCUUGAAAUUCAACUCGAAAGGAAAAAAGAUAACCUCGUCAACGAAUUUAUGAGCCAAACGGAUGAACUAGAAAAGACCAUCGCGAGACUGAAGACUGAGCUGGAGACGGAGAAGAGAGAACGAAAAAAACACGAGGAGAAGUUGAAGCAGCGCGUCACCGAGCUGGAAGACGAACUGGAAGUAGUGCGAGCAGAGGCCCGGCGAGGAAAAGCACUAGAGAAUUUGGAGGAGAAGCUGCUGGAGGCCCGAAGUCUCGGCGAGUUGCUGCAGUCGCAGAAAGACGAAGUUGAGUUAAAACUCGCAGCAGCUGAGAAAAAGGCGGAGGUGGCUCAACUAACGCUGGCUCAGAAGGACGCGGAGAUCGACGCAAAAACAUUUGAAGUCGAGGCCCUUCAGGAAGAGCUUGAGAAGGCCCGCAAAAACGGGGGGGAGGCGGUGGCGGCGUCGCCUAAACAAGUCGAAGGAGACAAAGAGGCCCUGGUGGCUCGCAUUGCUGCGUUGGAGAGUGAGCUUGAUGAUGCUAUGAGGCUCCGCAAGCGGCUUGAGAAAGCGCAGGGCGUUGCUCUGAGUCAGCUGCAGCUGCUGCAGAAGCAGCAAGAGAAAGUAGGAGACAAAGAGCAGCAGCAGCAGCAGCAGCAAAUUAACCAACUCGUCAAACAAAACGCAGAGCUCGAAGCCACAGUAAAGGAUCUUACAGAGAGUAAGGACCAGCUAACGAAGCAGCUGAUGCAGCUCUUUUCAAAGAACGAGGCAUCCCCAGAUGCAG